CUGGACGGUACCCUCUCUCACAACUACACCAUGACGCUCUCCGACUUUGAGAAACAAAGGCAGGCAAAUAUUGCGCGUAACCAGGCGCUUUUGAAGCAGUUGAACCUCGAUUCGAUCUCCCAAGACAUCUACUCCGAGCUUAAAAAGGAGGAUGCCCCUAAAAGGCGCCGCGCUACGAAGCCUGUGAAGCCUAGAGAGAUUGUGCCUGCUUUGCCUACCCGUAGAUCCAGAAGAAUCGCAGGGGUCAAGCUCGAAGACGUCACCGACGAUCCGUUCAUCCAGGAGGUUACAGAAGCGGAGCGCAAGCGGGAAGAGCUCGAAAGGAUCAAGCGCAUGCGGUUAAGCGGUGACGUCAGCUUGGUUGAUAUUAUCACGGAUAAGAACGGUGUAAAGGCCGAGGAGGAUGAGGCAUUGUUGGAGAAAUUCCGCGAAAUCGGCAAGAACUACAGCAUGGGGGACUUUUUUGAUCAAAUGGUGGAGAAGUAUGCCACCACCGAUAAGGCUCUCCAGGAAUUGCGCGAGGAGUUUACAAAGGUUACCUUGGUCCCACAGUACGAUCCGAACGAUGUGAAAAUCACACCCGGGAGAAUGUCCACUGUCACCUUUCACCCUAGUACCGCUAAGCGGCUCGUGGUUGGAGGUGACGUUAACGGCCAUAUUGGUAUCUGGUCCGUGGACAACGGCAGCCCGAUUGAAUACAUAAAGGAUGAAGCUGAGGAGGUGGAGGAGACAGAGGAGCUAGAGCCGGAUAUCACGAUCUUGAAGAACCACGGGAAAAAUGUGGGAAAGAUUGUUAUCCAGCCUACCGACUCUACCAAAAUCAUCACCUCCUCGUACGACGGAUCCAUCCGCUCCAUCGACUUGAACAACUUGAAAUCCACCGAAAAGUACUUCAGCCAGAUUGAUGGACUGGCCCUUGGCGUUUCCGACAUCCAGUUUGGCUCGCCAAAUGUGUUGUUCUACACCACCUUAGAGGGCCUGUUUGGCCGCGUGGAUUUCAGAGAGAGUUCCAGAAAAAAGUACGACUUGCUCAGGGUGCACGACAAGAAGAUUGGCUCGUUUUCUGCGAACCCGAACCGCGACUACCAGAUUGCUACCGCCUCGCUCGACCGUUCCUUGCGGAUCUGGGACUUGCGUAACGUCAAGGCCUCUCCGUGGUCGGAGUACGAAGGGGCCCGGUCGCCCCACUGCUACGGCGGCUUUUCAUCUCGGCUCUCCGUGAGUUGUGCCGACUGGAACUCGUCCAACAAAAUUGUGUGCAACGGCUAUGACGAUAAGAUCAACAUUAUUGAUGUUUCCGACGCAUCCAGCUGGUCUCAGACCUACGUCAUUCCCGGAGUAAAGGAAGAAGUUGCGGAGGGGAUCCCGAACAGCAUAGUUGCAGAGCACAGGAUCAAGCACAACUGCCAGACGGGGAGAUGGGUAUCAAUCUUAAAGAGCAAGUGGCAGCAGAACCCAAGGGACGGGUAUGAGAAGUUUGCCAUUGGAAACAUGAAUCGUGCGGUGGAUGUUUACAGUGAAAAUGGCCAGCAGAUUGCGCAUUUACAGAGCCUGCGGUUGACAGCAGUACCGGCAGUUGUUGCCUGGCAUCCGACGGAGAACUGGAUUGUCGGUGGCAGUGCCAGUGGGAAGGGUUAUUUGUUUUGUUAAUAUUUUAGCUGGAAUACCCUACCCAUCCGUAAAUUGGGAUUCUGUCUUUUCUACACAUUAAAUAUUUCAUCGAAUAAUAUGCAAAGAUUAAUGGCGUUGAAUAUACCCAAAC